CUAUCGCUAGUUUAAAGAUUAAUUAAAAGUUUUAAAAAUGAACUGCUGAUGGCAGAGAGAUACGGAAUUUGAAUCGAAAACCUAACUUUGCCUCACAUAACCAUAACCUAAAACCAUUGUUUAUUUGUUGAAAAUCGAACUACCAAAAAGAAAUUGAGUAAUAUGCGACACGCGAAAUUUAUUUCAAGAACAGUCCUCGUACAAAAUGGCAACGUAGAUGCUGCAUUUCGUAUUCUCAAUAGGAUAAUGGGUCGGGAAGGAUUCCUUGAUCAAUGGAGAAGGACUAGAUAUUACGAAAAGCCAACACAAGUAAGACGUCGGAUUAAUUAUGAAAGAUGUAAAUCGUUGUAUGAUGAAGACAUGAGCAGAAAGAUUUCUUUUAUAAUGAGAAAGAACCGAGUUGAUCCAUUUCCUGGAUGCUAUUAAUUAUUUGCUAGUAGUGUAUAAAUAUCAUCUAUACUUAUAAGUUUUAAAUCAUUUAAUACAAGUUAAUAUUCAUUAAAUAAUUAUUCAGCUAAAUAAAUAUUGUAUGUAUGUAUUAAAUUUCUCUCUAAUAUUACAAUCGUAUUACAUAGAUUCCUCUUAUUACGAAUUCAUUCAAUUUCAUGGUAAUACUCUAGCAUUAUACCAUUGUUACCAAUGAACCGUAAGAGCAUAUCAUAAAUGCUGUUAACGAUUGAUCCACUCAAAGUGAUGGAAUCAAUAUUAUGUAUGUAUCUAUUUCCUUCAAUGCAAGGGAAUACAUUCAAUUAAAGGAAAUUUUUACUUGAAUAAAUGUCAUCAGACAUUU